CUCUGACUGAUCUUCCCCUGCAAUUCUCCUUCCUUUCUUCAGAACAGAGUCAGCCAUUAAUUCUCAUUCUCUCUUCUUCUUUUCUGUUCAAUUCUUUCAAUUGGGUUUCUCCAUUUGAGAGGAUGUAGCUGAAACAAAGGAGAGCAAGCGAGGGAAAGUAGAAUGCGGACACUUUGCGACGCCUGUGAGAGCGCAGCUGCAAUCCUCUUCUGCGCCGCCGACGAGGCUGCCCUCUGCCGCUCCUGCGACGAAAAGGUUCACAAGUGUAACAACCUUGCAAGCAGGCAUGUCCGAGUUGGGUUGUCUGACCCAAGUGAUGUCCAGCGUUGUGAUAUAUGUGAAAACGCACCUGCUUUCUUUUACUGUGAGGUAGAUGGUAGUUCCCUUUGCCUGCAAUGUGAUACGGUUGUGCAUGUUGGUGGAAAACGAACACAUGCUAGAUAUCUUCUGUUCAGACAGAGAGUUGAGUUUCCAGGGGAUAAGUCUGGUCAUUUGGAGGAAAUGGGGCUGCAGCCACUUGGUCCGAAUGAAGUAAGGAAGGAUCAGAACCAGCUACCUAAGCUUACAGGUAGAGAGAACAAGCAAAAUGACAGAAUGUCACCUGUUCCAGUGCUCGAUGGUAGCACCGAUGGUAAUGGAAAGAUGAGCAAUAAAUUGAUAGAUCUAAAUGCUAAGCCUCAAAGGGUACAUGGUCAGGCUUCAAUUAACCAGGGUAUGGAUGUUUCAAGUGGUAAUAAUCAUGAUUCUGCAAGUGUUGUUCCUGCUGUACCCUUCAAAAGAGAAUCUGAAAGCUGAGCAAGAUGUUGUUGAGCUGUUCUGUUACCCCUGGACAUUUGCUGGAUUAAGACUUUAAGAGUGUGUGAUCUUUGGCAGCUGGGUUAGGCUUCUGUUCCAUUCAUUUUAAAAUGUUCGACUGCUGAAUAGAAUUAACUCUUGUACCAAUAUCGAUAUUUCUUUCCUAAAGAAAUGAAGUUGUUACUUGUUAGUGUGACUAAUAUAUCCCUAAAUUUACCAUCUGAUAUAUGGUUUAGUACUAAAGUCACAUGUAUUAUUGAUUACAGAUUUAAGGUUUAAUCACUAAUUACUGCAUACCAAAAAUAUUUUCCCAAUUUUAAGUCUUUUCAACCUUAUGUAUGUCCUCCAAUCAAGUUCAAUGAUAUUG